AUUUCCAUUUCUAUUUUUCCCGUCGGUAUAUAAGACGGUUUAAUUACAACAGCUAAUUAGAUCCGAUUGAGAAACGAGUGCCUAGAAGUCCAUCAAUAACGGCCAUGGCUUUGCGAAAUAUAUAUUUUUGUUUCUUAACCGCUCUGCUAGCGGUGAACCUGAUAUUCGCAGACGACUCCAAUGAAACGCAGCCAAACCCGCACAACAGAGCAAUGCCAUUCAACCCAUUUGGCUCCCUCCCUUUUGGAUCUCCCUUCGGCUCGAAUCCCUUUGGCUCCCUACCAUUCGGCUUCAAUCCGUUCGGACUUAACUUCAGCCAAUUUAUUCCUUUCGGAUUUGGCAAUUCACGACAGACGAGAGACGUAAGCUCACAGGAUGAUGAUGAUGCAAAUAAUGACACAUCAGUCAAUAAUACAAACCAUCGAUUAUUCUUCUCUUUUGGAAGAAGUCAAUUGACAACCUGCAACUACACCGCAACGCCUGGUUUAUCAUGCGCGAGCUGCAACCAAGCCCUCACCUGCUAUUCAAGCAACGUCGGUGUUUUGCGUAGAUGCACGCUAUACUGUAACCGUGGUCGCUGCUCAUUUGUCGCUGGCUCCCAAUGCUCCUCAGGCAACUCUACGGGCUAAAUUAUACAUUUAUUAAAACGAUAAAUUACCAAAGAUUAUUGUAUAUUAUUACAUUAUUGUUGAUCGUAAGAUAAUUACAUAUAUUAUGUUUAAGUCGGAAAAAUUGAGUUUCAUGUAAU